AUCCAAUGUGAAGAUGAGCCACAAGAGUGGAGCCUUGGACAUCCCAAACCAACAAACGAAAGAUACAAUCAAUGCUUCGGGGUCUCAGUUAAGGUUAUUGGAAGAAUCUAAUCCGCAGAUGGCAGAUUUCAUCAAUGAGUUAGGAAGGUUGAAUAAUGAGAAUGGGAUAUUGAAAUCUGUGAAUAAGGAUUUAAAAGACGAGAAUUCCAAAUUAAGCUUGGAAUAUGAGCGUGCAAAAAUUGAAAAUGCAAGGUUAAAAUCAUUGGCUGACAAAUCGAUACUGGAAAAUGAUAAUUUAAGGAAAGAAAUGAAGUUGGAGCUUGAAAGAAUACAGAGAGGCUUCCGGAUCGAGUUAGAGAGAAAAGUUGAACGGGAGGUUACAAAACGAGUGGAUACAAUGUUGUCGAGCGUGCAAAGACGGGCUGAUAUAAAUGUUAUUGAUAAUAGUUGGAACAAUAGAAUUUGUCAUACGAAAAACCCAUCAGAACCUACCAAAGAUUCCGAAUGGACCGGUGAGAGUGAGGAUCAGACUAUGGAAAAUGAAAAAAUGAUCGACACGGGAGUAGGAGAGGACAACCGUAACAACUUCCGAGUCAACGGCUACGGUUGCGCGAUCAAUAACUUGUCGACACCUUUAUUAUUGACUAGAGAAAAUGAUCUUGGCAAAAGGAUGGAUUGCGGGGUAACAACGGCGAGGUGCAAGGAGGCGAUUGAAACGAGAGCGGAUGGUAGCGAGAAAAGGAUGGAGGCGAAGGCUUCGCAAGAUGGAUGUCGAUAUAAGAUUAAGGUAAUUCAAACGAAACAUGCAUGA